AUGCUCCAAUCCGUCUUCCUUUCGUUACUCGCACUGGGCUCAAGUUCUGUCCUCGCAAAUCCAGACAACAACGACAUUCCUCCGGCGGUCACGGGAGUUGUGUCUUCUGCACUCAGUCUAGCCAGCUCUUACGCAUCUGAAUACAGCACAAUUCCGCCAGAUGCUGCAUCUGCAGUCAGCUCGGCACUGUCGCUUGCUUCGUCUUACGAUACCUACGGAAACAGCGUCGCGAGCAGUGCGGUUAGUAGUGCCCUGAGUUUGGCAAGCUCUUAUGCUAGUGAAUAUGGUGGUGGUGAUGACUCUACGAGUACGAGUACGAGUACAACUUCGAGUACUACAUCCACUUCUGGAACUACAUCCGCUGCCACGACUGGUUCACACACCACUGUAAUCAACCAUUCCACUGAAACGGUUCCAGGAGCAACAGCAACAUCGGCUUCAGCCAGUGCUGAUAGCGCAGCUUACAACAAAGUACCCUUUGGGUCAGUUGGAGGAGGUGGAAUGGCAGUUCUAGGAUCCGUGGCCGGGUUGAUUGGUGGCUUGGCUGUUGCCCUGUAA